AAGCCGCCACCUCCCCAAAUUAUCACGGGGGUGGGAGAAGCGAGGAAGGCCUACCCUCUCCACGUGCGACGAUUAUAGCUGCGGCUCCGCACCCACAAAUCCGGCGUGUAGGAAAGUCCCACCCGUCGUCAAUGAUUCGUCUGAAACAAAUGGGCGCCCAAGCCAUCCGCAUAGAUUCCUGGUUAAUCCUGCUGUCAGUCUGCAGGCCCUGGUGGAGGCCUAUGGGAAAUGUAGUCCGGCCAAGCCCCAGUCUUUUGGGGGCUCGCAUUUCCGCUUCCGGUGUUUUUGGCUGUCCGAAGGUCCGGACAUGGGGUCUGGCCUCGGGUUGGGGGUGUCGUGUGGGGACUUUGCGUGCCCACAGAGAAGAAUUUCAAGUUCUACUUAGACUCCUAUCGAAAGGUGGCUUCCCAGUGAAGUAAAGGAAGAGGUUUGAACUUCAGAGCACAGCUGCAGUGUUCUUCUCUGAUCUGAACAAUGGCUGUAGCUGUGGAUUAACAAAUCCAGACUCCUCAAGUACAAGGAGAGCUCCAAAUAGUGACGCUGGAAGAAGAUUCCCACUGGGAGCAGGAAAGUUUCUUUCAAGGGAGUAUCCCUGGACCAGAGACCUCCUGCCAACACUUUUGGUAUUUCCACUAUCAAGAAGCAUCAGGACCCCGGGAGGCACUCAUCCAAUUCCAGAAGCUCUGUCAUCAGUGGCUGAGACCGGAGAAGUGUAUGAAAGAGCAGAUCCUGGAGUUGCUAGUCCUGGAACAGUUCCUGGCUGUCCUUCCCCAGGAGAUCCAGAUCUGGGUUAGACAGAAACAUCCAGAGAGUGGAGAGGAGGCAGUGGCUCUGGUGGAAGACUUGCAAAAAGAACCUGGAAGACUGGGGCUGCAGGGACAGGAGGUGCUGUCAGAGAAGGAACCCUCAGGAUCGGUACUAGGUCCCCUAAACAUCCAUCUGAAGCAAGCACAGACAGAAUCCAUGUAUCUGUUCCAGGCAGUGGUGAAGAGCUCACAGCCAGAACCAGAAGACCAAAUGAACCACAGCCCCAAAGUAAAACUUGGAUCCUUCCACGAGAGCGGACCUCCAGUUCCCCAGUCAGAUGGGGUUCCGAGUCUGGAGGGAAGUGAAGAACUUUGGAAGGACAGUCUCCAGGAUUUCAAGGAAAUUCGGAAAACUUCCUAUGCAGUUGGGAAAUGAGUGAAAGAUAGUAUCUUACCAACAAAGAAGUCAGACCUGGAAUUCUGAACAUGGACAAGCCAGCA